GCCGAAGCAGGAAGGAAGGCAGGCAGAGAGGGAAGGGAGGCAGGCUGUGAAUGCUAACGAGCCCCAUCAUAAUCAUACAGCUCCGUAGGUAGGGUUUGAUAAAACAUCUUGCAAUGGAGAGGAACGACGACCACUAUUAAAGACCUACUAUGCGCCAGUGCCGCGUUCGCCCUGUGCGCGUGCAGCAGCCUCACCGUCGUCGGCACGUUUGAUCAGAAAAACCGUCUUUUUCCGCUGAGUGAAAUGUAUCGCGACUGCUCGGGAUUCACAUUCUGACAAUGGAGAUUGAAAAUAUCGUGGCCAACACGGUUCUCCUGAAGGCAAGGGAAGGUGGAGGAGGCAAGAGGAACGGCCGCAGUAAGAAAUGGAAGGAGAUGCUGAAACUCCCGCACAUCAGCCAGUGUGAGGAGCUCCGUCGCACCAUCGAGAGGGACUACACCAGUCUAUGUGAGAAGCAGCCCAUUGGUCGGCUGUUAUUCCGUCAGUACUGUGACACCAGGCCAGAGCUGAAGCGCUGCAUUGAGUUUAUGGAUGCUGUGGCCAUGUACCAGCUAGCUCCUGAUGAGAAGAGGAGGGACUGUGGACUGAAUGUUUUAGACACAUACUUUAAUAAUGGGUCAGCAGCCCAUCUGCCAGACAUACCCCAGGAUGUAGUCGCUGGGUGCCGGGAGAGGCUGGAACAGAGUCCGUGUAAGGAGCUCUUCAAUGACUGCACCAAAAUAGUUCGUGAUUAUCUGAGUGGAGCUCCAUUUUCCUUCUACCAGGAGUCCAUGUACUUCUCUCGCUUCCUGCAGUGGAAAUGGUUGGAGAGGCAACCAGUAACCAAAAAUACCUUCAGACAUUAUAGAGUACUAGGAAAAGGUGGAUUUGGCGAGGUUUGUGCCUGCCAAGUACGUGCCACCGGUAAGAUGUACGCCUGUAAAAAGCUGGAAAAGAAACGAGUGAAGAAAAGAAAAGGUGAAGCAAUGGCACUAAACGAAAAACGCAUUUUAGAAAAAGUUAACAGUAGUUUUGUAGUUAGUCUAGCAUAUGCCUAUGAGACCAAGGAUGCGCUGUGCCUGGUGUUGACCAUAAUGAAUGGCGGUGACUUAAAGUUUCACAUCUACAACAUGGGCAACUCGGGCUUCGACGAGCAGAGGGCCAUCUUCUACGCUGCUGAGAUCUGCUGUGGCCUUGAGGACCUGCACCGUGAGAGGAUAGUCUACAGGGAUUUGAAACCUGAAAACAUCCUUCUGGAUGAUCGUGGACACAUCCGAAUUUCAGACCUGGGCCUUGCUGUUCAAAUCCCUGAAGGAGAGACGAUACGAGGGAGAGUGGGAACUGUUGGAUACAUGGCUCCCGAGGUGAUCCAGAACGAGAGCUACACCUUCAGCCCAGACUGGUGGGGGCUGGGCUGCCUGAUCUUUGAGAUGAUCCAGGGGCAGUCGCCCUUCCGCAAGCGCAAGGAGCGCGUCAAGCGGGAGGAGGUGGACAGACGAGUGCGCGAGGACCAGGAAGAGUACUCCGAUAAGUUCUCAGAGGAGGCGAAGGACAUCUGCAGACAGCUCCUGGCCAAGGAUCCCAAGGAGCGCCUUGGUUGUCAGGGACGCGGGGCCAUAGAGGUCAAGCAGCACCCCAUCUUCAGAAACAUCAACUUCAAACGGCUGGAGGCCAACAUGCUGGACCCUCCCUUCAGCCCUGAUCCUCGGGCCGUGUACUGUAAAGACGUCCUGGACAUCGAGCAGUUCUCCACUGUCAAAGGCGUGAACCUUGACCCCACAGACGAUGACUUCUACCACAAGUUUGUCACAGGCAGUGUCUCCAUCCCGUGGCAGAACGAGAUGAUUGAGAUGGAGUGCUUUAAAGAAAUCAAUGUCUACGAGACAGACGGGACGCUGUGCCCAGACCUGGACAUGAAUCGGCCUAACCCUCCACCAAAGAGAGGCUUCUUCUACCGCCUGUUCAGAAGAGAGGCAAGUGCUAGUGCUCCGGCAACUGUUCGAGGGGGUGGGGGCUAAGGUCUGUUUUAAGAGCGGUUACAGUGACGACGAGACCGAAGAGCCCUCGCGACUUUAAACCACUCCCUCCACCUGCCCGCCCCCCACCCACCCCCGCCACCCUCCCCUUCGCCGCUGAACUUCACCACAAACUCCAACCGAGCGCAAAUCUUAGGAACUCAGUGAAUGUUGACCUGUAUUUAUGAGCUGUAUUAAAAGUGUAUUAUAAUUAAAGAAAAAAGUAUGAGUUUAAAGAUUUUGUACAUUUGUACUUGAAUUUAUGUCUAGAUGUAUAUUUUCACUAAAGGUUGUAUUGUACAAAAAGCCAUAAAAGUACCACUUGAAUGCAUACAUUACAUUUUUAUUUCCUUUAUACCUUUUGGAAUGAGUAUGGAUAAUGUGUAUUGGGGAGUUUUUUUUUUUUUAAGAAGCACAGUACCAGUAGUCUUUUAUUUUUCUCAAUGUAGCAUAAGGCCGUUUUGUUUUUAUAUGUGCUGUAUGUUUGUCAUUGAUUUGGCCAUUUGGUGACGUGUUGUUAGCACAUCAGAUCCAUCCCGUCCCAAACCAACCUGUAACCCUCAAGGCUCAGGUAGAUCUGAAUGACGGGCGUAGAUCCAGAUGAAUCCAGUCUGACAUUGCUGUGUUGAUGCCAUGCUGCUUAAACCUUCCCAUGUUUCCCAGCUCUCCGCCUGCUCCUUUAACUUUUAGUUUGGAAGUCCGAGUUGAUAAUCCAUGUCCUUCCCUCAGUCCAGAUAGGCAGGUGGCAGUGGAAAGAAUGGCGUGUGUAGUAAACCGUCUUCUAGGUGCCUGUACCGGCUUGAUUCUAGCAGAGAUGGCGUGGAUUUAUUUCUGAGGAAAUAGUCAGCAGUCAGCAUGUGCAGCAUUAAAUAUCCUUAAAAUAAAAAGGAAAUACUAUGGAGGCCAUUUUUAGGGACACAAAGCCUAAUAGAUAUCAUUCCUGGACCUCUCGAAAUAUCUUUCAAGAGCUUCAAAAGCCUCAGAACAUUACUUUCAGAUGCCAGAUAUGUGUUCCCUUUGGGAGCACAGCUGUUCAGUAAAUGUCUGUUACAUUAUUCACUCAGGCAGAAGAUUUUUUUUUUGGUUAUUUUAUAUUUACUCCUCAUUCACUUUUUCUGCUUUUGUCGUAUUACCUGGCUUUGCCCUAUUAUGAACCUGUUUUAUGUGCAGAGUGGAAAACCUCUCCCUUGAAAUUUCUUAGUAAUUUGCUACCCAUAUUUUGAGUACAGCAGAAAGCCUACAACUGGUUGACUGGUAAAUGACUUUGAGCAUAGAGACAGAUGAUGAUGAUGAUGAUGAGGAUGAGGAUGAUGAGGAUGAUGACGACGAUGACACAGUAUCAGAGAUCUGACCUGCAGCUCACAAUGGCUUCAUCUAGACAACAAAUUGCUGUUGCAUCAAAUUUACUUCUAUUGAUUCAGCUGUCAGCAGCUAUUAGCCUCUGUACUGAGUCAAGACACAGCCUGCUUUGGCCUCUGCGCCUGUUGAUCAUAGAUAGCAUGAUGCCUGUCGGCCACUUAUCCUGCUAGUAGACCUCCAGCUAGAUCAGGCUUCAGCUGUGCUUGUGAUAGAGAUAAUAUGUGUUCAGUGUAACAGCGACCACCUUUUAACUAUUCCAUUGAAAUCCUGUAUGUUAUUGUCUGACAGGAAUGACAGAAGACAGUUUCUUGUAUGUGUGUAGACUGAGAGGAAUUGGGGGGGAUAAUGUCUGAACUCCUGCCUGCAGAGGCACCAUCGUCUGUGUAAAGGAACACUCGACCACUUGCAGAACCACAAUUGUUGUGCAUUAUUGUCUUAUAGAAGAAGUGUUUCCUAUUCAAGUUAAUCAAUCAUGAACAAAUACAUUUUCCCAAACAUGUUGUUAUCAGGAUUCGUUAUUUUCACUCUCUGUUUGUUCUCACUGGCAUUUCAGAGGCAUUUGAAGCCAUUUCGCUUUUGAAUUUUGCUUUUGAGGCAGUUGCUGUUUACUCCCCACCACCUGUUUUAAUGCUGUGAAUAUCCAAUCUGGACGUGUUAGCUUUGUGCGUGUAUAUUACACUGUAUGCUAAAGCAGCUUUUGUUCAGUCUAAUGCAUUGAAAUAAAUUAGCUAUGCCCCUGUGCAGUUAGAAUCAAUUUACCUGAAGGAUUGAUUCAUUAUGAUUCUAUUUUUAUUUUUCCCACAAAAAAACAAACAAACAAUGUCUGCAUUUUAUCAAUACAAUAGUUUCAAAUUGUGUAGGGGCUUGAAUGUCACUUGAAUUUUUAAUAUUCAAAACUGCAUACAGUUAAAAUGGUACGCAUGUAGUUCCCCAUUUAGUAAACCAAUUUGGAGAGUUGGCUUUUUCUAAAGUUUUGCCCCCUGUUGCACACUCCAUCAAAAUCAGGAUUUGAAUGUGUGCAUCUAGCUGUUGCUGGCUUUUGUCACUUGAGUUUCUGAGUGUCUUUGUUUUCUGUUUUGGUUUUUGUUUUGUUUUUUGUUUUGCUCUCAGGCACAUUUUGAUGCUGAUUUCUCUUGCCAAUGUAGAUUUUAGCCUUUUAGCUCUUUAGCCUCAAAAACCUUGUAAAUUGUGUAUUUCUAACAUGUAACUAAGCUCUAACACACAUUCACUCACACACACAGGGAAACUAAACUGUGUUUGCCACCCAUGCCUCUGUCAUUGUUUGGAGUAACUUUACUUUUAUACCAUCCAUAUAGCAGUAAAGAUGUUUUGUUCAGUUCCAUUGCACUAUGGUGUGAUUUGACAAUGAUUAUAUAGGAAGUGUCUUUAACCUUUUUGCCAAUGAUACCAAAAGCAACAUUUAAGUAAAACAAAUUUGUUUUGUUAGCCGAAGAAUUUACUGAAGAGAGACAGACAGCCUUUAUUAUGUGUGCCAAUUACCAUGUUAAUUUCUGACAUCCCCCCUUAUUUUUCAACCUCUUUAUCCUUCCGUCCGUCCUGAGAGAAAUUCCUUCACAUAAAGGAAAUUUAAACAGCUCAACAGUUUUGAAUGUCCGCACUAAGUGCAUUUUAAUGCCUGUUUUAAAAAAAAAAAAAAAAUACAUAUGUUUUAUUACUCAAGCAUGUAUUGGUUUGUAAUACUUCAGGUUCCUUAUAUAUGUAAAUGAUGACCUUCUAGUGCCAACAUAUCUCACUGGUAUCUGAGGACAACUUUAUAAAUGGCUAAGUGACCAGCUGAGUUGGCCCGGUUUGAAUACUUAAGCAUUCCUUCUCUUCUGCCUUCUUCCAAGGCACUGAUGGUGAGUCAGUCCCCCCAAAAAAACUGGGGUCAUACUCACCAGAAGCUAGAGAUCCUCAGUUCCUCGAUGUCACUUGAGUCUAGUUUUGGGAUAACCACGAUACAAGUCUGGAAGGCCUCCAGGGUUUCACACUCUUCUGUCCAGAUGUCAGUUCAGUGAUAUUUUCAAGGAAGGAGGAAUGGCAUAUGCAUUAUUGGUAUUCAAUCUGGGCACGGGACUUAUUGAUUUUUCUUUUUUUUUCUUUUUCUUUCUUUUUCUUUUGUAUCUGUACAGUCAUGUUGUUCAACCACUGCAGUCAUUGUCAAUUCUUGUACAAGUUGUAUCACUGGUUGUUGUACCAUAUCUGACAUUUGUAAUUAUGAAAUAAUACACUGCCAUUUGUAUAAAAAAAAACGUGUGUCUUUA